CUGGAUUUGUGAGUGACGUCACAAUGUCGUUGACGGACGCUAUGGACGAUAUUGACUACGAGACCAUUCGGUUCAACGUGAACGAGAGCCAGUCCCGACACCCACUAUGGAUGACCGAGGCCCACUUUAUCUACCACCUCUACAGGGACGCUGAAGGGGUACUCAGCUGUCACAAGGACACUUCCGGGGAACCAGUGUGUUCUCCAAGGCACUUAGCAAACUUAUGUAUGAACAAGCUUGUGUGUGACCCUGGGCGUGUGUUUGGGCACAUGAAGGCGCGGGCUAUGCCAGGAGGCAUUUAUCCCGCACUGCUGUCGGAGGCUAUCUUUCAGAGGGAACUGCAUACUAUCAACUUCCUCGUGAGCACGUGGCCCACAACCGUUCUUGACCUGCAGUCAGCCAUGCCCGUCGAAGACCUGAGUGAUGAUGAAAUACUGACCACACCGGUAGAGGAGAAGGACGGACUGACCAUCCUCGACUGUGUCGUCUAUGCUCUACUCGCCCUCCGGCCACAGUCAAACCUCAAAAUGAUCAACUUCUCAGGAUUCACUGACCGGAAGUUGUCCCGAGAGCUCUCCCGACUUCCGCUACUGUGGAUGAAUCCGGACGACCGGACAGUUGACCGGAUCCACGAUAUACUGGUCAGGACUAUCGAUAUAAGCAGAGAAAAGGUGCAAAAGUACCUAAACAGAUUUAACCUCAUCUACGCAAACAUGGACCCGUACAUAAAACAUGGUAACCAGUUCGAGCCGGUAACGAUUAUACUGGACUGUAAGAUAACGCUGGAUGAUGUCCCUAUUGGUCUGGGCCUCCAGUAUGAGACACCCUUCCGGUUCGGCUGCAAGAGGGUGUGGAUGGAACCCAUUCCUGAAAUAUCGCUGCCAAUGACUGGAAUCAACCAGGUUCUGGAGCUCAGGGACCUGACUCAGGUGGAGUACUCUGACCCACACAUCUGUCAUGAUAUGGAUAAGCUGGGAGCUCUCAUGGAAGGUUUACAUCUUCUUCCCCACCUCCAGGCCCUCAGCUUCCCAAACACAAUCCACUCAGAUGGACACGAGAACGCAGUGAAAUACUUCGCCUCCGGUAUUGGUAAACUUCCAAUGUUGCGCAAACUGAACUUAGCGUCAUGCAACCUUCGGGAACAACUGGACACAAUUCUAUCAGAACUGACUCAGGACAUCACGUACCUGAAUCUUCGUGACUGUCGUCUCUGUGAUGAUGAUAUAGUAAAUAUACGGCUGUGGAAUAAUGUUACCGGACUAAAAGAGCUGAAUCUGAGCAGGAACAACUUAAAGACGUCCCACCUUGCCGUUGGCGACAUCCUACAGGCGGUACCAACCAUUGGAUGUUUCUCCGUGUCCUAUUGUAGUUUGUCAAACUCCCAGCUAGAGACAAUUGCACAGAAGUGUAUAGAUUUGAAAAAUUUGAAAUUGUUAGGGUUGCAGAGUUUCACCCCUCCAGUCAUGGAAGAUAUGGAAUCUCUGCUCCAAAUCUGUUCACUCAUAGACUCGCUUCAGAAGUGCUAUAUUCUCCCAGACGCAUUUGCGUUUCCUGGAGGGAACAGUGCCUUUCGAUACGAAAAUAGGAUGUUGUUUACUGCAAAUUGCGAAACAUUCCUGCAACAGAUAGGACGACCUGAUAUUGACUUGGAAUGAGGACCGAAAAAUAAAACGUACUUAAGGUAAAGGGUACCAUUGCAUCAGUUAUAAUCGCAAAAAAGAGUUCCACUCAGAGGUUUUAUUUGAUUUUUGACUUGGAGUAGCAGCCAAUUGGAGUUGAUAACAUUGAAAAAGUGUAUGAAGAUCUGGACUUUGUUCCAUAAGGGUUUUUUUCGGGUUUUUUCCUCUAUUUGUCAUUAAUUUCAAACCAUUUAAAUUUCGAACAACUGUAAUUCUUUAGAAUGCAUCGCAAAAUGUGUUUUUUAUGGAAUACUUCUUUUGGCUUGAACAGAUAUUUCAUAAAAAGACAAUGGUAAUACUAUAGUUUAACUAGGUAGUACCCUUUACCUUGAAGUCAAAAACAUGACAUCUCUUUGACCAUUUGGUACCAAACAUGAUCAUCUGCUCUAGUUAACAACCUCGCACGUGAGAAGAAGUUAGUUAGGGUUGAUCAAGAACCGCGAACAUCAAGCAUCCGUGUCAUGAGAAUUACAGGGACUUGUUACAGCUGUAUUUGGACCUAAACUGAGGUGUUCUGUGUAAUUUGCACGUUUUAUGGGUUUAGAUCAACUUUCGGUAAAAAUGCAAACGCAAUAAUCAAGUUAUUGAUGGCAUAUUACAUGUUCUAAGGGCUAAGAUAAACUUUCGGUAUAUUACAUGUUUUAUGGGUUUAGAUCAACUAUCGGUAAAAUGGCACCCCAAUUGAUGGUAUAUAUAGUACACGUUUUAGGUGUUUAGAUAAACUUUCGGUAAAAAUAUGCCACUCUCAAGGAUGAUUUACACUUGAUAUUAACCCCUAAAACGUAAAAUUACUCUGAACACCUCAUACAUAAUUAUCUUCUCAACACGGAAGGAUGUAAAUCGAGAGCGAGGCGAUUCAUAUUCCGAGGAUGACGACGGCUACACGCGGUGUCUUUUACUGGCCUAGAACCAAUCAAAAGCCUGUGCUGUAUCGAAACAAAAGGAAAGUGCCAGUCCAACGGGGCUUGGCCUCGUCCACGGCACAUUGUGUGGUACUGAAGUAUAGCUAAAAGCAUUAAUAAUAGUAAUUUUACGUUAUGCACAUUGUAGAAUUUUGUAGGCUUUUAUUUUUGCAUAAAUUGGUCAAAGACUGUCACUCGCCAUGAACAUGACUGUGAUGAAGGGGGUCGCCAGUUUUCCCCAUCACUCCCCAUUUGUCCCAUGUACAUUCCCACUCCGUUUUGUUAUAUAAACACAUUUACGGAAGUAAAACGUUUUUUUU